AUGCGCGAGGAUGACAAGGAUGAUGAGGUCCCGGAGGAUGAUGACCCUCGAUGCCCUACGAUCCCGUUCAAAGCAUCGGAAAAGAAUCAGUGGAGGCGUCAGUGGCGAUCAGCUCUUAUUGUUAAGGUGCUUGGACGCUCGUUUCCUUUCCCAGUGGUUUCCCGGCGGCUCGAGUCCCUAUGGGCAAAAUGUGGGGUGAUCCAAAUCUCGAGCCUCACGUAUGGAUACUAUGCAGUUCGAUUUUUGAGUCAGUUUGAUUACGAGCAAGCAGCUGCGGGGGGCCCAUGGCGGAUUGGUGAAUAUUACCUGACUGUCCGACCUUGGAGGAAAAACUUCAAUCCCAGCUGUGCGGAGGUGGCCACCACCAUGGUGUUGGCUAGACUCCCGGGCUUGCCGUCGGAGUUUAUCAACAAGGAGGCUGCUGAACGAAUAGCGGAGAGAAUAGGCAGACCUAUUCGGGUUGACCGUGCUACUCAAACGGGGGAGAGAGGCCGGUAUGCCCGAGUAUGUGUCGAGGUUGACCUGUCGAAGCCUCUCCUCUCAAAGUACAAAAUCGAAGGGUCCACCUACUAUAUUGAGUAUGAAGGCCUGCAUCAGAUAUGCUCGGAAUGUGGAAAGUACGGUCACUCAAAGCAAGCUUGCCCUUCCCUUAAUAAGGAGGUGGUGAGCGAGUCGCCAACUGUUAAUGAGGGAGGAAAGGACGUGGCCCCCAAGGCCCCCGAACCUUUAUAUGGCGAGUGGAUGAUGGUGAAACCGAAAGGAAAGACAAAGAAACAAACACAGAACUCACCUGGGGAGAAUGGAGGGCAAAAACAAAUCUCCUCUGGGAAAAAGAUCCCGCAACAGCAAUUUGGAGGGCAGGGGGGAUCUCGAUAUAGUGCCCUGGUGGAGGAAAUGGAAGAGGAGGCAACUACUGACCAGUGUACCCCCGACAACAAAGGAGGCUCCCCCCAGCUGACAGAACCAGUGGACUCGGGAAAAGUCGUAGAAGUUCAGGAGAUGGGUGAUAAUGGUGCACAGUUAGAAAAGGAGGCACCCUCUAGUGGCAAAUUGAGCAAAGAUGCAACGGAAUUGAUCGAGGUCCCCAUACAGCAAUUUGUUUUUGGUCGUGUGGAGGACAGCGGAAAACAAAGCACUACCAAGGGUGUGACAAGUAAUCAGGGCAUGCAGAAUCUCAGGAAAAAGAUAGUAGUCUCCUCCCAGGCUGGUUCAAAGUCGGGGAAGUCAAUGAAUCAAAACCCCAAACAAAAAGAAAGCGGGAAAGGAAAGUUGGACAAGGAAAACGUGUUGAUCAACGUCGUAAGUGGCGUGACGGGGAAGGCAAUAAGCAAACUAAAGGGCGCGGGGAGCCUAUCCCCUUCGGGUCAUAAAUGA